UAUAUGUCUCAUCCCACUGCAGCCAUGCCCUCUGUUUCUGGUGCUGCAUCCUUGGAAGAAGUUCCUUCUCCUUGCACAUCUGCAGCUAACCCAACAAAUGCAGAAGUCACUUGUGCUACAGCAGCUGUGAACAGUUGUAACAGGUUAUCUGCUGAUGGUGAAGAUAAGGAUGAAUCAUUCACUGAGACUCAGCUGGAGAACACAGACGAGACUCCCGAUGAGACGAAGUGGCUCCGUCCUGAUUUGCCCAGCAGAUGUACUUGGAAGCUGGGUGCGCCCAUGUCAGAGUCGCCUCAUAGCCACUCAGCACACACCAAGCCCUCCGGCAUCCUCUCCAGCAUCCUUGAGAAAAUUGGACACACACCUCUGGUUCGCUUGAACAAAAUCCCCAAAGAGUUUGGGCUCAAGUGUGAUAUCUUGGCCAAGUGUGAGUUCUUCAAUGCAGGAGGCAGUGUGAAAGACAGGAUCGCCCUGUGCAUGGUGGAGGACGCCGAGAGAGCCGGGGUCCUUAAACCAGGAGACACCAUCAUCGAGCCCACCUCUGGAAACACGGGUAUUGGCCUCGCCCUCAUAGCUGCAGUAAAAGGCUACCAUUGCAUCAUUGUGAUGCCUGAGAAGAUGAGCAUGGAGAAGGUAAGUGCAUGUCCUGCAAGCUCUCUCUCACCCACAGCUGCAGCUUUUGAUUCACCAGAGUCUCAUAUACGUACGGCGUGGCGCCUGAAGAACGAGAUCCCCAACUCGCACAUCCUCAACCAGUAUGGCAAUUCAAGCAGCCCCCUGGCUCACUACGACACCACGGCUGAGGAGAUACUGGAGCAGUGCGAUGGUCAGUUGGACAUGUUGGUGGCUGGAGUCAGCACAGGCGGCACGCUUACUGGUGUUGCUCGAAAGUUAAAGGAAAGAUGUCCAAAUGUCAAAGUAGUCGGUGUGGAUCCUGAAGGCUCUAUUCUGGAAGGCUCAGAAGGGAAGAAUAAAAAGUUUCCAUUUGAAGUGGAGGGAAUCGGCCUUGACUUCAUCCCCACCACGCUGGACAGAUCUUGUAACGACUCACUAAACCACAGGGAGGGAGUAUUGGCACAGGUAGACCAGCUGUGCAGCUCUCUGUAUAUUCAGUUCCUCCUGGACACACAGAUUGUAGGAGCGUCAUCCUUCUGA